CACCCAAGCAAACAAACAAAUGCAAAAAAAAAACUGUGAAAAUAUCUAAGUUUCAACAUGGCAAAUGCCACAGCCAGAAGAAAGCAUCAUGCAUCAUAAAACAAUAGGUAGCUUUAGUUCUUAGACGAAGCACUUGCGAAGAAUGAACCAAUAUAAAAUAUAUAAAGUAAAUUUUAACAUGGCUUCAUAUUCGUAUCCUAACCAAACUGGUAUGCAUAAUACUACCGUUGUUACAUCCAUGCCUGCGCCCGCUGCUCCUAUGAUAAUACCUGCUGCACCUCGGACCACAAUGAAUGUUUCUGCAAUCCGUGGUCUUGGAAUCACACAGAUUGUAAUUGGGUUUUUAACUCUUGCUCUUGGUAUUGGUGCCACAGCUGGUUUCAGAAAAAAUUACUGGUUGACAGAUAGUGGUGCUGGUAUAUGGGGUGGUUUGUGGGUUCUAGUAACUGGCAUCAUUGGAGUUUGUUCUGCCUCCAAACCAGCUUCUGGAGGAUUAAAUGGAACCCACAUGGCAUUCUGUAUCAUCUCUACUGUGGUUGCUUUUAUUGAUGGUAUUAUCUUUGCAGUUGGUUUGGGAAUCUACAACACCUGCUAUGGAUAUUAUGGAUAUUACAGAUUUGAUGACUAUUAUUAUUAUCGUUCCGAUCGGUGGGCUUGUGCUCAUCACCGUAGCUCUGGUAUUGGUGUAUAUGCUUCUCUUGUGACUUUGAUGGCAGCUGAAUUUUUUGUAGCUCUUGUGGCUGCUAUAUACUGUUGCCAAGCAACCGGUGGUUGUUGUGGUGGACCAGUUAGCCAAGGCGUUAUUAUUAAUCAACAACCUCAAUAUCUUGUCACAAGCUCGACUGGUCAAACCAUGAUGACAUCAUCUGGAUAUCCUGUAAGUUCAGGAGUAAUGGCCCCUCCCCAGUAUGGCUAUCCCCAACAACAAAUGGUAAUGCAACCUGGCUACCCUCAGCAGCAAAUGCAAGUCGGUGCCCAAGCCAACACUUCAGUUGCUUAUUCAUCCCAGUACCCACCCCAGGAUACUCAAAAAGUUGCACCUCCACCCCCUUACCAACAAUAAGUCGAAAUUCACUAUUGAUUGGCUUUAUCACAUGAAAGUGAUUGUGUAUUAAUGGUUAUAAGCCUAAUCUUUGUAAACACAUCUACAUAUAUAAAUUUUGUUAGUAUAUAAUUUUCUUUGGAUAACAUUUUUUUUUUGACUCAGCAAACUUUAAGGAACUCAGUAUAAAAAAAGAGCUUGGUAAUGAAAUCAAUUUUGAAAGAAGUGAGAAUUAUGUUGAGGAUUUUUUGCGUUCUUCGUUAAUUGUUUAAUAGUUUUUUUUAAUAUCCUACUUAUUUUUUUUAUUGUGAUUAUAUUUAGUAUUGUAAAGUAUGUAUCUAAUCUGCACCUGGUUUGAUUGAAGAAAUUAUGAAAACGCGUA